AUGGCCGUGGUGCCUCCCAAUCGCUCACAGAACGGCUGGCCCCGGGGAGUCACCCAGUUCAGCAACAAGUACAUCCAGCAGGCCAAGCCCCUCACCCUGGAGCGCACCAUCAACCUGUACCCUCUUAUCCAUUCCCUUUUUGGUACAAAAGAGCCCCUCUAUGAGAAGGCCAGCUCUGUUGCAGCCAGAUUUCAGCACAUGAGGAAGGAAUUUGAUAAAAUUGGCAUGAGGAGGGCUGUAGAACCGGUUUUGAUUAUCCAUGAGCACAGGCUACCCCAUGUGUUACUACUACAACUGGGAACAACUUUCUUCAAAUUACCUGGUGGUGGGCUUAACACAGGAGAAGAUGAAGUUGAAGGACUACAAUGCCUAAUGACAGAGAUAUCGGGUCAUCAAGGUGGAGUCCUGCAAGACUGGGUCUUUGAUAACUGCAUUGGCAACUGGUGGAGACCAAAUUUUGAACCUCCUCAGUAUCCAUAUAUUCCUGUACAUAUUACAAAACCUAAGGAACAUAAGAAGUUGUUUUUGGUUCAGCUUCAAGAGAAAGCCUUGCUUGCAGUCCCUAAAAAUUACAAGCUGGUAGCUGCACCACUGUUUGAACUGUGUAACAAUGCACCUGGAUGUGGACCCAUCAUUUCUAGUUUCCCCCAGCUUUUGAGCAGGGUCAGUUUUAUAUACAACUGA